AUGCCACCCAAAUCCAACCACAACUCCGACGGUGAUCCCAGCCGCGAGCAGGCGCAGGAGAAUUCGAAGCCGGAGGACGAUGGGCCCGCUUGCCAGUCGUGCCGAAGGAAAAAGGCCCGCUGCAGCCGCUCACAGCCCUGUGACCAAUGUACUCGGUACAACAUCUCCUGCGUCUACGAUGAUCGACGCAUGAAGCCGGGCCUCCGCGCGGGUGCGGUCGAUCAACUCUAUCGCCGCAUUGAAACACUCGAGAACAUGUUUCUUGGCCAAGAAAUGCUCUGGCAGCAAAUGUGGCAGGUCCUUCAUCCCAAUAAAACCUUUCCAGAGUCGACUGGACAAUCAACCACCAUCGCGGAGCUAGAUCAACGCCGAGAGCAGAUGAGAGAAUCCUUACUCCAAUCUGCAUCGGGUUCGAAGUCCAGUGUUGAACAGAACUUCUCGGACAAGGAUACAGAGGGCCUGGAGCCAGCUUCACGGGUCACAAAGAGACGACGACUUGACAAGCCGGAUCCCGAUUCCCCGAACAUCACGCACGAUCUUGCUAGUGAUCCGAGCGGGCUUUUGCCUCCCGAGAUUAUGACUGAGCUGGUUGAUUUCUAUUAUGUGAAUAUUCAUCAUUGGAUUCCCAUUCUCCAUGUAACAAAAUUCCGAGAGCGCAUGAAGUCAGAAACCGAGCUUCCGCGUAUCACGUGCAUUCUUCAUGCGAUUAUUGCUGUGUGUGUCCGCUUCUGUCAACACGAGAGACUACCGGACGAAGAGACGAAGUCCCGAAUUGCAGAAAGGAGUCGGCAGAAAGUGAUAUUGGACAGUACGGAGUCAUUCUCGGUCGAGAAUCUACAGGCCUUGGUCAUCGUUGCAUUUGAGACCAUCGGUCGGGGGCGCGGUCCUUCAUCAUGGUCUAUAAUCGGAAGUAUGGUCGGCGUCGUGGAGCAAUUACAGCUGAGUGUGGAGGAAGAUGAUCUCUACCGCGUAUCCAAUACAGGAGAGAUACUUAUUCGACGUAUGGUGUUUUUAACACCAUCAAAAUCGUGGCAUGAAGCAGAAGAGCGUCGACGGGUAUUUUGGGCGGUUUUCUUGAUGGACCGCUUCUGUAGCGUGUCCACGGGUUGGAAAACGAGUCUGAAUAGUGCUGAUAUGAAGCGCCGACUUCCAUGUGAAGGUGCUCACUGGGAGAAAGAGAGAGAGGUCUGCACACCAUACUUCGGGAUCCCGGACUUCAAGGAUACGACCUCCACUAGCUCUAUACUCUCGGAAAAUCGAGAUUCGGCAAACCCCGAGGAUCAGGACUCUAUCGGCGGUUUAGCGUAUAACAUUGAGGCAACCGAGUCACUUGCUUUAGUGACAAACUUCUUCCUUCGUCAUGCAUUUAUUGUUGAUGAUACUGAAAAGGCCCAAAUGUGGAUGAUGAAAUUCAAGGAGUUGGAUUUACGACUUAUACAAUGGAAGUUAUACCUGCCCCCAAAAUGGCGUGAGGCGUCCGUACUUAACGGCGACGGAGUUAUGGACCCCAAUUUAACACUGGCCCAUAUUACACAUAAUACGGCUGUGAUUCUAUUGCAUCAAGGCAUCGCUUAUCCACCCCCACACUGGAAGAUCUGCGCAGUCAAACCCCCGUCAGCCUCAUCGGCGGAGACAUGCCUAGAGGCAGCUUCGGAGAUUGCAAGAAUAGGCCAGCAGUUCUUAUCACACUCGCACAUUUUCACUAACCCCCAAUUCUCUUUCUGCCUCUUUAUUGCUGGACGGAUGCUGCUAGCUCAUGCAAAAUACUACCAAGUUGCUAUGCCAUCCGCGCUUGGUACUUUGACUGCAAGCCUACUUGAAAUUUCAGAGCGGUGGAAAGGUCGAAGUGGGAGCUAUGACAUACAAAAUGACAAUCUCGCCGCGAGCUUCGCAAAACGAUUGAUCGAAGCGCAAAACAACGUACCAGCUGCCCCUGUUCCCAGUCUGGAUAUCAGACAAACCGCAUACUCAGACGAGUCUAAAGAGCAGUUGCAACCAUCUUUCACAAGCACUUCACGUUGCGAAGUGGACACGUUCCCAUCGAGGUCGAAAGAAGCUCUCUCUCCGGCUGGAUAUAUGAGCAGAGCAUACAUGCAAGAUUCAUACAACGAUGACCCUUUGAGUCUCGCUUACCCACCUCUCCCCCUAGCUUUCCAACCUGGGUUCCCGGCGUCUGAUGGCUUAUCAAACUUUACACAAGCUAUUGACGGCCAGGCCCCAUCGCCAUUGGGACUCCAAUCAUUUCACACCCAGCAGAUGAACCAGUGGCAAGCUGCUAGUCUGCCGUUUGUAACUGGGGCUCAAGAUGAAUUGUCCUACGUUUUCAACUUCACACCCAGUCCAGGCCAGAGGAUAAGUCGCUAUGAUGGAACACAUGCUGAUAGCCAUGUACCCAUUCUAUCACCGCAAGGGUCAAAUAUACCAGGCAAUGGCAGAUAG